UUAAGUGAUUUUUCUCAUAUGCGCGAGGAGGCGAUAUAAAAAUUGCGUGCUAAUAUCAAUUGAUACAUAGUACAUAACUGAUUAAGUAAUUAAAAGAAUUGACAAGAUGGAGUCGGGACUUAUGGUCAUGUCUCGACUGUUUUAUUCAAUUGACUCACAUUGUGGUUACUGUAAUGGUAAGAAAGAUGAUCAUUUUGCAUUAGAAAGUCAAUAUACCAAUAGAAGUACAAAUGAUAAAUCAAAUUCUCAUUCUAUGGGGUUUAUGGUCGAACAAAUGACUUGUCUGCAAUAUGAUUUUAUGAUUAAUAAAGGAUGUAGAAGGUCAGGUUGUUAUGUAUAUAAACCAGAUUUACUAAGAUCUUGUUGUAGAUUAUAUACUAUACGAACCACAAUGUCACAUCUAAAGUUAGAAAAGAAUCAUAGGAAAGUUAUAAAUAGAUUUAUGAGAGAGAUAGGUGAUGACCAUGAUCAACCGAUGGAAUUAAUUAAAAAACAGUCUAAGAAUCAAGAAAGAUUUGAUAUAAAUAAUUUAAUUCGAGCGGAGCAAAAGUCAUCUAGAUUCAAAACGGUGUUUGAACCAUCAGCAUUUUCUAAGGAAAAAUUUAAAUUAUAUAAGAAGUAUCAAAUUCAUGUUCAUAAUGAUGCUCCUGAAGAUGUCACAGAAACAUCAUUUACAAGAUUCCUAUGUCAGACCCCAUUUGAAGAUCUGGUAGUAUUUGGUCAAAAUGAAGAGUGGGAUGAAUUGAACAAUUGGAUUAACAACUGGUCAGAGUCAACUGCAAAAAAGAUGAGACAUAGAAGGAUUGGCCCAACUCAUGUCUGCUAUUACAUAGAUGGAAUUCUAGUUGCAUUUUCUGUUUUAGAUUUCUUACCUACUGGUGUCUCUUCUAUAUACUUUGUUUGGGAUCCAGAUUAUGCACAUCUUUCAUUAGGAACUUUAUCAGGUCUUCGAGAGAUUCAGAUGUGUGAGCAAUUGCUGUUGGGAUACUAUUACCUUGGCUUUUAUAUUGAUGAUUGUCCAAAAAUGAGUUACAAACUGAAAUUUGGAGGUGAAUUAUUAGAUUUGAGUAACAAUUUGUAUGUACCACUAGAAAAAGUUAAACCUCUUAUAAAACAUGGGAGAUUAUUUGUACUAGGUGAAGAAGGAUUUGAAAAUGAUAAAGAGUUUAAGAUGGACAAUGGCUCUCCUAAAAAUUGGGAUAAUAGAAAAAUAAGUAAUGUUUCUGAAAAGAUUUACGGUAAUGAACUAAUCUAUUCAUGUGCUGCUAAUGAUUUAAAGCUACUAAAAAAUAAAUAUCAUAUUGAUUUCGGACUAAGCAAAUAUGGGCCUGAAUCGAAGAGGCCUUCCAUACCAGCAGUUUUCCCUGGAUUAAAGCCUUUAUGGCAAAUAAUUGAUUUACUAGAUGACACUACGUUAAACAAUCGACUUAGCAUAAUAAUCUUUGACAAUGCAGUCGGAAUUCCUCGUAGAAGCAAAUUUGUACAGUUGAAUCUGUUUGAAAAGCUGAGGGUCAUUGAGUUUGUCCGACUAUUUGGUCCUGACUUUAUUCAAAAUAGCAUUAUAUUCUUUUAGAUCAGGACCCAUCAAUUGAGGGGUAGCGAGUACUAGAGUUUAUACAUUCAUAUACUAUGUACUUUAGAAAAUCAAUAUAAGCCAAUAACGAGGUUGGAAAAUCUAAUUACUUUUCUGAAAAGGGUAAUUUGGUUCCGGAUAAGAUCCCCUCUAUUUUUCAACCGUUUAUAUACAGGAAAAUCAACAAAGUGGGGGAUACUCCGAGAUCCGAAACGGAACCGAAUAUAUG